ACAACACGGGCUUGAUGGCCGCCGGCUCCGAGUCGCUGAGUAUCCGUUCUUGGGACCUGUUGCUCGUUCUGGCGGUGCUCGGCUUGGUUUGGGCGGCGGAGGGAAGGAGGCUGCAUUUUGUCAACCUGGUGUAUCGCCAUGGAGACCGAUCACCGAUCCAUACAUUCAAAACAGAUCCGUAUAAACCGAAGGACUGGCCGCAAGGCUUUGGACAGCUUACACAGGUUGGGAUGAGGCAGCAGUAUGAGCUGGGCCAGUUUCUGCGAGAACGUUAUAAGGAUUUCCUCAACUCCUCAUAUGACCGGCAAGAGAUUUACAUUCGGAGUACAGAUAUUGACCGGACUCUGAUGAGUGCCGAGGCAGAUUUGGCUGGUCUCUACCCUCCACAUGGACAACAGGUCUUCCUUACCAAUCUUAACUGGCAGCCAAUCCCUGUGCAUACAGUACCAACGACAGAUGACAGGUUGUUGCUGUACCCAUUGAAAAACUGCCCUCGCUUUGAGCAGUUGCAGAAUGAGACGAAGAAUUGUUGGGAAUACAAGAAGACCAUGCAGGAUAACCAGGACUUCCUGAAGACACUUGCUAAAAACACUGGAACUCCCUUUGCGAACAUGUCACUGUUUACUGUGUGGAUGAUUUACGAUGUUCUGUUCUGUGAGCAAGUUCACAACUUCACUCUCCCAUCCUGGGCCACACCAGAGCAGAUGGAACACAUGAGACAACUGAAGGAAUUUGGCAGCAGAUCUGAGUUUGGACUCUACCAGGCAAAGGAGAAGUCACGGCUGCAAGGGGGUGUGCUCCUCAAACAAAUCCUCGAAAAUGUUACUCGUUCAGUAAAUGAGACCAAUUCCACUCCCCAUCUCAAAAUGAUCAUGUACUCGGCGCAUGACACCACUAUCAUAGCCCUUCAAAUGGCUCUGGGUAUUUACAGCCUUGCUCCAACGUAUGCUGCCUGCCACAUAUUUGAGCUUUACCAAGAGACAAAUGGAUCCUACACAAUGGAGAUGUACUACAGAAAUGAGAGUAAUUCUAAGCCAUACCUUCUCACUCUGCCAUCUUGCACUGAAAAGUGCCCCUUACACAAAUUCAUUGAAAUUGCUGCAGAGAUGAUCCCAAAGAACUGGGCAAAGGAAUGUGAACUUCACCGCAGCACCAUCCAAAUUGAGCUGCUUCUGGGCCUGGUUGUGGGCUGUUGCCUUCUGCUGGUGCUCAUUGUCUUCUGUGUGAAACUCCAGUGUCAAGACAAAGAUGAAACUCUGGGCUACCAGAAACUCGCCUCCCAUUGUGAAGAGAGUGAGAAAAUGCCCUCUGUCUGAACAAAACAAGCAAGAGCUGGAGCCAUCCAAAGCCCAAGGGGAGGGGACUGGAGGCUGCUUGCUUUAAGUGAGCUUUGUUUGGUGUGAUGAGCAGGAGUUUUAACUCGCUUUUAUGAUCAAGGAGGUAGAAAAAGAGUGUUUUUACUUCAAAAUUAAGCAUUGAUUUGGGGAAAAAAAGCUUAAGUCAUGGACGGGAAAACUUGAUAAUUCUGUUUAAAGUUUUGUAAUGAACUGAGUGUGAUUUUUAAGAAAUUACUUGCAGUGUGUGUGGGGUGUUGUAUUUUACACACCGGCCUUUGUAAGCAUUCCAAUAGAGACACCAUGUCCACAGUCAGUUAUUAUGACUGGGGCACUAGAUGACCUGAUAUCUCUGAUACUGUCAGAUGCGCAGAGCAACAGGCAAGUUUCCACUGAGUCACUUCUUAAAAGUUGUAUGGAUAAGAAAUACUUGGAUUUAUAAAGUAUCUUCACAGCUCCAAAAUAUCUCAACUCAUUGCAGCCAAUGAAAUACUUGUUUUCACAAUGUAGUCACAUUAAACAUAAGAAAUAGUCCAACUAAUUUGUGCACCGCAAGAUCCCACAGACAGCAUUUACAGAAAUGACCAGAUAGUUUCCUUCUAGCGAUGGAGCCCUGAUUUUCCUUGAAAUAAUGCCAUGGGAUCUAUUGGAACAAUUGGACGUUGUUUUCCCAUCAGGGGGAUCUUUGGAUAGGAGGUGUCAAUUGUUGGGUGGGUGAAUCAACGGAACUGCGAGAUGGUCUGUAAGUCGGGCUGGCAGGGGUGUCAUGCAAUGGCCGAUUGGUGUGUUUCAUUCUGUGCAAUUUGAAGUCCGUGCUGGUUUUAUCAGUGGCAACAAUGCCUUUUGCACCAUCUAUUUAUCCUCUGCCUGUGUGGGAUUGUGAAACCCUCUAACUUUAUUAAAGGCAGUUUAAUUUCUGCCUUGUCUCGGAGUCAAUUAAACUUGGCAGGAAAUCUUUUGCUUGCUUUUUCCUUUGAAAAUGUGACAAAUUUGAAGCUGUGGCAAACUUAUUCUGGUGCUUGUCCACUGACAUCACUCAACAUCUGACUGAGGGACUGGGCAAAUGCUGCGGAAGAUCAUAAGAACAUAAGAACUAGGAGCAGGAGGAGGCCAUCUGGCCCCUCGAGCCUGCCCCGCCAUUUAAUAAGAUCUUUUUGAGACUCGGCUCCACUUACCGCCCACUCACCAUAACCCUUAAUUCCUUUACUGUUCAAAAAUUUAUCUAGCCUUGCCUUAAAAACAUUCAGCGAGGUAGCUUCAACCGCUUCACUGGGCAGGGAAUUCCAUAGAUUCACAACCCUUUCGGUGAAGAAGUUCCUCCUGACCUCAGUCCUACAUCUGCUUCCCUUUAUUUUGAGGCGAUGCCCUCUAGUCCUAGUUUCACCUGCUAGCGGAAGCAACCUCCCUGCCUCCAUCUUAUCUAUUCCCUUCAUAGUCUUAUAUGUUUCUAUAAGAUCUCCCCUCAUUCUUCUGAAUACCAAUGAGUAUAAUCCCAGUCUACUCAGUCUCUCCUCAUAAUCCAACCCUCUCAACUCUGGAAUCAACCGAGUGAAUCUCCUCUGCACCCCCUCCAGUGCUAGUAUAUCUCUUCUCAAGUAAGGUGACCAAAACUGCACACAGUACUCCAGUGUGGCCUCACCAAGACCCUAUACAGCUGCAGCAUAGCCUCCCUGUUUUUAAACUCCAUCCCUCUAGCAAUGGCAGACAAAAUUCCAUUUGCCUUUUUAGUUACCUGCUGCACCUGCAAUCCCUCUGCACAGCAGCGUGCUGCAAUUUUUUACCAUUUAAAACAUAGUCCAUUUUGCUGUUAUUCCUACCAAAAUGGAUGACCUCACACUUAUCAACAUUGUGUACUCCAUCUGCCAGACCUUUGCCCACUCACUUAGACUAUCUAUAUUCCUCUGCAGACUUUGUGUCUUCUGCACACUUUGCUGUACCACUCACCUUAGUGUCAUCUGCAAAUUUUGACACACCACACUUAGUCCCCAGCUCCAAAUCAUCUAUGUAAGUUGUAAACAAUUGCGGUCCCAACACUGAUCCCUGAGGCACACCACUAGCCACUGACCGCCAACCAGAAAAACACCCAUUUACCCCUACUCUUUGCUUUCUACUGGUCAACCAAUCCUCUAUCCAUGCCAAUACAUUACCUGUAAUAUCUUGCAACUUUAUCUUAUCUAGCAGCCUUUGGUGUGGCACCUUGUCAAAUGCCUUCUGGAAAUCCAGAUACACCACAUCCACAGGUUCCCCAUUGUCCACCAUGCAAGUAAUGUCCUCCAGAAUUCCACCAAAUUAGUUAAACAUGACCUACCCUUCAUGAACCCAUGCUGGGUGUUCCCAAUGGGACAAUUUAUAUCCGGAUGUCUUGCUAUUUCUAACUUAAUGAUAGAUUCAAGCAUUUUCCCCACUACCGAAGUUAAGCUAACUGGCCUAUAGGUACCUGCUUUUUGUCAUGAGGCUGGAUUCUUUUACAGUUUGAUUCAUCAAACUCAGUCUUGAAGAAAUUAUAUCCUCUGAGUAGAACUCUGUGCUAAUAUUUCCUGUUCAAUUUGUUUCCUUUCUACACAAUUCAUUCAUUCAAGGUGGGUUAGGACAGUACAGGCAAAGCUCAUUUAUGGUCAUUUAACAGGUGCUUUGUUAUAGGGCUAUGGGAGUUAUCGAAGAACAUGGGUGGUUCUUGGGUACUUGCUUUGAUGAAGAUCUCCACUUCAUUUAUUUGCACUCUUCAAUUUUUCCAUAUUAUUGGUUACAAUGGUAGUUCCAUUAUGUAAUGUUGUGGUUCUGUUAGUGGAUGAGUAAUCCAAAUGUAUGGGGGUUGGAAAAUCCGUCAUGGACGUGAGAGACAUGGGCAGCAUAAACGGAGAUCAGUGAAAGUGAUGACAAAAUUACUGAGUCUUAAAAAGCCAAAUUGUUUACUAAUGUCUGUUUUAAGGAAGGAAAAUCUGCUGUCCUGACCCAGCCUUGCUCAUAAUUGACUCCAGACCCAAGCAAUGUGGUUGGCUACUCUGCAGUAACUUAGCAAGUCACUCAAGGCAAAAAGACAGGGGCCUACCAUUUGUUUGUUGGUGAGCAGUCAGUGCCGACCUUACCGGUGUAAGGCUUGCAAUCCUUGUAAGAGAGUGGCAACUUUUGAAUUUUCUUAAUGACUCAACUGUAGGGCAAUAUUUCACUUUGAUUUUUUAUUGUAACACAACAAAGUAUGAUUUAAAUACUACCUGAUGUGCACAUGCUAUAUCACUUACAAGAAAAGGUACAUUUCCUUAUGUCAUACUUUGGGCACAGUUAGGAUCAAAGGGUAGUCAUUCAGCCAGCUUUUCCCAGUUCCCAGACUGAGUUCAAUCACUCUUCCCAUGUCUGUCAGCAACAAUACCCCUCCCACCAAAUUUCACCUCAACAAAUCUCCUCCUUUAGUUCGCACUAGUCCUGAUGAUCCAGAAUUCUUUCAACAGUUCAGUUAACUCUGGAUAAAUUCUUUCUUUUCUUGUUGAGGUUUAUUUCUUUUCCCUGUCAUUUACACAAAAACAAAACCCUGUUUCUGGGAAAGCGCCUAUUCUUGCCUGCUAGAUCUCAGCUGCAACACUUUUUCUGUUCUGAGUUUGAGUGAGGUAUGAGAAAUUACAACUCCAACUUCAGUGGUUUUCCAUUUGAGUUUCUCUUUGUUAAUUCUAUCCCCAUGACAACCUGAAAUCACAUGGCACUCCUCUGACCUAAGGUACUAACUGGGAACACAGAACUGUAUAAUGGAGAAGAGGGCCCUUUGGCCCAACAAGUCUGCACCAACAAAAACUCACUUUCCAGCUUGUCCAUAAUCAUUUCAAUUACACAUCCAAGCACUUUUUGAAGGUUGUGAGGAUUAGCUGCUUGAACUACUGUCCCAGGCAGUGCAUUCCAGAUUCCCACCACCAUCUGGGUAAAAAGAAAGUUUCCUCAAAUUCCCUCUUUUCACCUUAAAAUUAUGCCCUUUGUUAUUGACCCUUCAACUUGGUGGGAACAACUGCUCUAAAAAAAAACAAUCUUAUUCAUUUUCUCUUUGUAGCUAAGAUGUCCCAACUCUGCCACCAUCCUAUUGAAUCUCCUCCGCACACUCUCCAGUGCUAUAUCACAACCUUGCUAGAGUGAACUGAGCGCACAAUUCACCACCUACCUUUAUAGAUCUAUCUCACCGAAAGUUAAAUGGACAUUUUAAAACAUAAUUGUCAGCAUUCACUCAUAGAUGUCUAUCUUUGGAGAGAACAAAAAGAUGGUUUAGGAAUUUCUCAGAGAUUCCUCUGAAUGUGAGAUCUGAAAAAUGCAAAACAGUGUAAUGAAAUCUCUUUAAUGUUGAAAUAUUGACCUUUCAGACAGACAAACUGCCAGUCAUUUCAUCCUCUUCCAUAAAUGUAACCUUCUCCAUCACAAACUUUGUCAAUCCACAUUUAUCCCUUUGCAAAGGAGAGGUUAAUGAGUGGGAGGAUAGCAGCCCGGAAUUGCUCCUGUCAUAAACUGGCAUUAGUUAGGGCUGCAGAUUCAAGCUGGACCAUCAGCAGCUUGAAUUGUUUCACGUACACUGUGCGGAAAGCUGGGAGUCUCUGUAAAACAGAGGGUGCUGGGUAACAGGUGGAUCUUUCAAGAUUCUAAUAAAUGGAAAUGAGAUACAAAUUAUCUGUGAUGUGAUUAAAUGGAGAAGCUGACUGAUCUCCUCUUACUUUGGUUCUAUUUCAGUGAGCUCUACCGUACUAUUAUAAUUAUAACUUGCGAUAAGAAAUCAUUCAAUGAUACUGUUACAAUUUCAGUUAUGUUUUGUGCAAUAAAGUUUAAUUUUUUUUCUCCCCUGAA